ACAGAUGAUUCUUUACAUAACGUUCAGUUGAUAUUUCGUCAUUAAAGUUCUAACAACUUGUCUCGCCAUCACGUUUCUCUCGCGAAAAUGGCUUUUCAUCCCGUUAAAGUCGUAAUUUUCGACAUGGAUGGCACGUUACUCGACACGGAGAGCGUUUAUCCGGCAAUUUUCGAAGCUGUCUGCCAAAAAUACGGAAAAUCUUUCAACGCAAAGGCUCGCGAAAGUGUUCUCGGUGUCUCAGAAAGGCGUUCGUGUGAAAUUACAGUCGAGCUUUGUGAACUUCCAUGCACUGUGGAUGAAUUUCAGGAUGAAUUUAUCAAAAUUUCCAACGUGAAAUUGACUUCUUGUGCUCUUCUUCCGGGCGUGGAGAAGCUACUUCGACAUUUAAAUGCCAAUAACGUGCCGUUCGCUUUGGCAACGAGUUCAGGACAUCGAACUGUGGAGAUAAAAAUUCAAAAUUACCUCGAAUUGUUCGACAUGUUUCAUCAUAAAGUCACGGGAACAGAUCCUGAGUUGAAAAAUGGGAAACCAGCGCCGGAUAUUUUCUUGUUGGCUGCGCAGAGAUUUGAGAAACCUGUUGAUCCGAAGGAUUGUUUGGUAAUUGAGGACUCGAAGAAUGGCGUGAAAGGCGCUCGAGCAGCGGGAAUGCAAUGUGUGAUGGUGCCCGAAAAGGGAAUUAAGAAGGAAAAUACGCUUGAAGCGACUUUGGUGCUUGGGUCGUUGGAGGAAUUUCGACCUGAGCUAUUUGGGUUGCCGGCAUUCACGUAAAGGCGGCGAAUUUCUUAAUUGGAAGUGAUGCAAUUUUAGUUAAAUUUAUGAAAUAAUUCCGUCGUAAAUAUUUAUUAUUUAUUUAUUUGAGAUUUAAUCGAAUUAUUAACGUCAUACAGGAAAGAAAUUGUAUUUUUGAUAAGAAUUUGCAAUUUACAGGGUCGUUUAAUAAAAAAUUAUUGAAAAUA